AUGGCGCGCUACGGCGGCGGCGCGCUGAGAAAGUCGCGAACGAAGGGCGCGUUCCCGGACUCGUGGUCGCUGCCGUUCGCGGUGGGGGUGGAGCUCCUCGCGGGGUUUCUCGAGGCGGUGACCAUCACCGAGGAUGAGAUGAUCGGCGUCCGCGCGGGAGACGAGCGCGCGCUGCGCGCGAUAGGGGCGUACGUGAAAGUGCUCAGGGGGGCGAUGGCCGUGGGCGUCCCGCCGUUACCUUGUUUUUCCCUUUCCGUCGUCGACCCUUCCCGCGGCGGCACGCGCGCGGAACGCGUGCGCGCCAACGGCGUCCCCGCGGUGUGGCUCACCCCCCCCCAGUACGCCUCCACGAAGACGAUCAUGUGGAUGCACGGCGGCGCGUUCAUAUUCUGUCACACCGGCACGCACGCGCGGUUGUUAUCGAGCCUCGGCGCGGCGGCGGAUGCCAAAGUGUUGAGCGUGGAGUAUUCGCUGUGCCCGGACGAGGGGCGGUACGCGGACAUGUUACGAGAGGUCACGCGCGCGUACGAGUGGCUCGUGGACGCGGACGGCGGCGGCGCGGACCCGAAGGACGUCGUCGUCGGCGGCGACAGCGCGGGUGGGCACCUCGCCCUGGGGUUGAUCGCCGAACUCGCGAAGAAGAAGAGGGAGGAGGAGGACGGCGGCGGCGGCGCGCGGGAAAAUCAGGUGCGUUCUAUACACUGGUCCCCAUACGACCGCGUUCGCGUGGUGAACGCCGAUCCUUAA